UAUCCAAGAAAACGUUGUAGCAUAAUAAUAGUAAAAUGAACUUCGGCUGUGACGGGUAUUAUCGGGUUUGAGAUUUUAAUUCCUCAAUCCUACCCAUUAGGUGCGGGUUCAAACAUAUUUAACCCAUGAAUAUUUUUAAAAAUCAAAUACCCAAUAAAAUAGGGUCGGAUAGGGUUGGAUUGGACGGAUUAUGCGGGUUCGGAUUAUUUUUGUGUGGUCCUACUUUUGGGUCCAACAGCCGAAAUCUUAAAUGCCAUAAACCUUAGCGUUUACUGAUGGCUUUUCCGCAUCUUUACCAUACUACCCAAGCAUUUUCCGUAUCUCCCUUCCUGGCCUUCCACAAAAAUCAUCCGAUCAAGAGAGAUUUUUUUUUUUUACCCCAAUCCACACCAGCUUCUGCGGCAGACCAAAAGAACAAUACUGGGAGCUAUCUUUGUUCUCUGAUUUGCAAAUAUAUACAUAUACCUCCUCUAAUAUAUACAGAUAUACCUCGCGUGGUGGCUGCGGAAGGAUCUAGCCAAGAAGAACCAAACUCCGAUCCUUGGGAGACUGAUGUUAACUUCUCGCGUCUGGCCGAAUGACACCUCAACGAUUCUCCUAUUCCUCUUCCGUCAAAAUGGAAGAAAAAAAAAAUCGGUUUUCAAUUAUGUUCUACAUUAAGGCUAGAGGUCCAAGUCUAGUUAGAAGCAUUUUGAUAUUUC